UUUGAAAUUACUAAUCUCAAAAACGCACUCUUUCUUCAUAAACACACAGUGUUACAAAGGGAAAAACAGUUUUGAAUUUUGGAGUGUGAUCUGAUCUACAAAGCCAAAGGUUAGUAAAUCUUCAAAAUUGCUUUGGAUUGGUUUUUCUUGAGGCGAGGGUCUAUCAUAAAGGUAGGGGUUCUAUUGUCCCUGGGAGUAAUAUGCAAAUGAAUGGUCUUAAAACAUGUCAAACAGAAAACUCAACUCCUGGAAAAGUACAGCAGUUAGAAUCCACUGUGGUCACAAAAGUUAGAGUUAUAGUUAGAGUUCGUCCCUUUCUUCCUCGAGAAAUUAACUCGAUAGAUGGAAAACCAAUCUCUUGUGUCUCUGUUCUCAAUUCAGAAUGUGAGCCUUCUGAGGAUGUCACAGUUCAUCUCAAAGAUCAUGAAACUAGUCGUAAUGAAUGCUACAAGUUGGAUGCAUUUUUCGGUCAAGAAGAUAACAAUAUAAGAAAAAUAUUUGGCAAAGAAGUCAGUCCUUUGAUCCCCGGGAUAUUACAAGGUCGCAAUGUAACAAUAUUUGCUUAUGGUGCUACAGGGAGUGGCAAAACUUACACCAUGCAGGGAACAGAAAACCUCCCUGGUCUAAUGCCACUUGCAAUGUCCUCUAUUCUCUUGAAGAGUCAGGGGAAAAGUACCAUAGCAAUAUCAUACUAUGAAAUAUACAUGGAUAGGUGCUAUGAUCUACUUGAACUUAAGGAGAAGGAAAUUUUCAUAUUGGACGACAAAGAUGGGCAGAUUCAUCUCAAAGGACUUGCGCAAGUUGCUGUCAGUUCGAUGUCAGAGUUCCAAGAAGCAUUUUCUUGUGCGGUUCAGAGGAGAAAAGUCGCACAUACGGGUGUUAAUGAUGUCUCUAGCAGGAGCCAUGCCGUGCUCACGAUUUAUGUUUCUACUCCAAGCUGUGAUGACUCUGGAAAUGUCAUUACUGGGAAGUUGAACCUUAUUGACUUGGCAGGUAAUGAAGACAAUAGAAGAACUUGCAACACUGGAAUUCGUCUACAAGAGAGUGCUAAGAUCAACCAGUCCUUAUUCGCACUGUCAAAUGUAAUAUAUGCAUUGAACAACAAUCAACCACGAAUUCCCUAUAGAGAAAGCAAAUUGACAAGGGUAUUGCAAGACUCUCUUGGUGGAACAAGCCGUGCUUUGAUGGUCGCUUGCUUGAAUCCAGGAGAGUACCAAGAAUCUCUUCAUACAGUUAGUUUAGCAGCCAGGUCAAGACAUAUAUCCAAUUUUAUUGCCUCAGCACAAAAAGGAGAUUCUCCAAAGGUCAAAGUUGACAUGGAAGCAAAGCUUCGUGCAUGGCUAGAAUCUAAAGGCAAGACAAAAAGUUCUCAAAGAAUCGGGGCAUUUGAUUCUCCAUUUACUAGCAAAACUCCAAAUUCCAUGUGCUCUACCAGAAAGCUAGGUUUAUUUGGGAGCUCUAGUAAGCAAAAAUGUAUCAGUAAUCAAGGCGCUUCAAGCAUAAACAAGAGGGAUCCAGAUGGAGCUUGUAGAAAUUUAUUUAAAAAUGGACAUCGAUCAAACUUAGUAGUGGAGGCUCGGGACCUUGCUGAUACUGGUGGACAAAGGGAAGAGAAGAAAUUCGAGGUUUUCUCUGGAAGGGUUGUGCCUGAUUCUAAUACAGUGGUGCAUGAUGAACAAAUCAACGUAGAGGAGGAAGUGACCAUUGUUGAUUGUUUCAGCUCCCUUAAAGGAUAUGAGGUUACCCCUAGGAAGGUCCUUUCUCCCAUCAACUCCAACAUCAACAAUGAGAAUUUGUCCAUGAAGGAUCAAAUACACCUUAUCUGCAAUCAGCACACUCCCAUGUCAUCCCUUCCUUUAAGCAGUUUUGAUGAGAAUAUACCAGCGUUAGGAACUCCACUUGAUAAAUUUGGUGCACGAAGUUCUAAAUUGAAGAACUCUCUUGUCCAAGAGUACAUUGAGUUAUUGAACACUGCCAGCAAGGAGGAACUCAUGGCGAUAAAGGGAAUUGGACAAAAGAUGACUGAAUACAUUAUUGAACUAAGGGAAACAAGUCCCAUGAAAUCACUAGGUGACUUGGAGAAGAUUGGAUUGACAUCAAAGCAGGUACAUAACUUAUUCAGGUGGGCUGCAAGAGGAGUACUGGGAUGAAAAACUUCUCUGCAACAUCUUGUUGUUAUAAAGGAGCAUGUAUAAUUAAGAUUGUGUUUCUGGCUAGAACUUUAGUUUAUAUUGUACUGUUAUUUGCAAGUACUUGGAUUUGAAAGCUUGUAUUAAUUACCUCAUAAUAUUUGGAGCUAGACAAAGAUCUACCUUCCACCCCC